CCCAUUCGUACUCUCUCAUAUAAAUUGUCCGCGGGAGUUGCACUCUCUCCGUUCUUCGACGGGGCAGACCGCAGACCAGUUGAGUGACACAGAAGCCAAACAGUAGUCUCUACGACACUGAACCAUUAGGGCAUUCUGAAGACUCACGAGACAUGCUACGAUCCCCGUCCUUGGUGUCGCUGGUCGUCAAGGCAAUUGACAGAGACCUAAUUUGCGGAGGUGAUGAUUUAUCGGACAUAUAUGAGCUUCCAUCGGAGCUAUUUGAUUUACUGGUAGCCAGUUUAUGUCCUAUGGCAUUGGAAAAGUUGCUAUCGGAAAUGCCAUUUGAUGUUUGCAAUGACAAUAUGCCUACCAGUUAUUUCCUGAAAAAGGAUAGGAAACGUGGAAGAAAUUGGAACCUCAAUGAAGCAUGGAAGAAUUUAGUUAAGUUGCGCUGGCCUGAACUCAGUGAAAUCGAGCUAGAUGACUGGCAGCAGGUUUAUUGGGAAACACAUUUGCAGAACUGCCUGGAUGAAGCCGCUGAGUUAGCUUUGCUCCCAUCUUUUGAUGGGUGUAUCAGUGAAAUAAAAAUUUCAGACAGAUUACUAAAAUAUGUUGGUUGUCUGGGAUACUUGACUCGUUUGAGCUGUGACUACUCAACAUUGUCUUACCACUGUGAACAAUUUGGGUACUAUGCAAGAUAUUUGAGACUUCCCAGUGUGCUCUGUGUUGCGCAAACUUGUCGAUUAUUGAGGAACAGCAAACUGGAAAUUUUGGUGCUGCGUUGGAUUAGAAGCAAGGAACAUAUCGACGGAUUAUGCAAACUCCUGAUCCAGAACAGUGCAACUCUAACGACGCUUGAGUUUAUUCACUGCAGCCUUUCAUCUGCUUUUGUGAAUGCGAUUUUCAGUUCUCUGCACAGAAGAAGUGGACAAGCACAAGGGAUACAGGAUUUGUCUAUUAAGACAUCAAACUUUCUUGAACCAUCCCUAGUAUCCUUACCUCUUGCACUUGCAACGUUUCUCUCGUCUGGAAGGCCCUUGCAUUCAUUAAAAUUUUCUGACAACCAUCUGGACCAAAAUUGUGCGCGAAUGGUUUUGAGUGCCCUUCUUGACGCAUCCUCUUGUCUAUCCAUCCUUGAUCUUUCAGAAAACCAUAUAGCAGGAUGGCUUUCUAAUUUCUGUGUGAGAUCCUCAAGCGGCAACCUGUCAUCUUUUGGGUCAGACAAGUAUUUGAAAUCAUUACGAGAACUUAACCUAAGGCAGAAUGAUCUAAACAAGGAUGAUGCAGACAAUUUGAGAUGUCUGUUUUUUCAUAUGCCCAACUUGAAGAUUUUGGAUAUAAGUGACAAUCCUAUCGGGGAUGAUGGAAUCAGAUGUUUAAUCCCCUACUUUGUUGAAGCCUCAGUGGAAGGGCGCUUUCACUUGACUGAGAUGAAUUUGCAGUGUUGUGAGCUUUCCUGUGAGGGAGUGACUCAACUACUUGAAACCCUCUCCACCUUGAAAACACCGCUGAGAUCUCUCUCUCUUGCAGAUAAUGUCCUUGGCAGCCAAGUAGCAGGAGUUUUGGGAAAUUUUUUGCACACAUCUAUACAAGUGCUUGAUGUUGGAGGUAUUGGCUUGGGUUCAUCUGGCUUUCAAGAACUGCUAGAACGAAUUACAGGAGAAUUGAAACUUACGAAAGUAAACAUAAGCAAAAACCAUGGUGGGAUUGGAACUGCAAAGUUUCUGUCAAAGCUCUUCUCCUUGGCACCAGAACUUGUCAAAGUCAACGCAACAUAUAAUUUUUUGCCGGUAGAGUCAUUGCCCAUUAUAUGCUCUGGACUGAAGGUUGCAAAAGGUAAGCUCGAUUAUUUGGACCUGAGGGGCAACUUCUGGGAGUCUCAGCCAGCUCAUGCUUCUAUGUUUGCCAACUUCCGACAUAAUGGAAAACCCAUAGUGAUUCUUGAAUCUACACCAGCGUCAAACAUUCCUUACGAUGACGAUCCAUAGAUUGAAUAGCUGUCGCUCACUUCCUCAACCAACGCCAUGUUACAUUAUCCUCGUAUGUGUUUAAUUAUCUUGCAAUGUACAUACUUGGAUGUGAAGCUUUUGUUAUUCCUGUAUUAUAGCUUAGCAAAACUAGUUUUUAUCAUCUAUGCUUUCUUUCUUUUAUACAGAAAUAAGAGUUUCUUCGGCCUA